CUAAGCGUUUUCCUCCUAGUUUCCAUUCAAACGUUUGGAACACGUCCCACUACUUAAACAACGUACCUUAAUUUUCUCUAACCACAUCCACUUUGGUCAACUCAACACUUUCUUAUUCCAUCUUUCCCUUCUUCACUUCAAUCCACCUUUGCUUUUGAUAAUUUGCUUCUUUCGUCUUUUUCAACAAAUGGGGUUCUGAAAUUUCCUUUUUUGCUUGAUGGGUUUUCUCAAAAAAGUGUUCUUUUGAUGUGAAUCAGUGAAUCCUAUUUUGGGUUUGUUUUCAAAUUUUGUGUUUGUUGAUAAAAAUGGUUUCUUUUCUAAGAAAGUUUAGAACUUCUUCUGUUCCUCCUAUGGAAACAGAAGAUAGCAUUAAUAGUAGUAACUUUGAAUAUUCUUUUGCUGUUGUUUACACUGGUCCUCCUCUUGAUCAUUCAAUCCCUGAAAUACCUACUUUCAAAGUUGAUCAAGUUCCAAUUGCUUCCAUAGCUCCUUCUCUUUCUCAUGAUUUCAAAGUACCUGUUAUUCAACCACUUGGUAAACUUCAUCACAAGAAUAAGCUCAAACACAAAAGAGCCACUUCAGAUUCUACUGUUUAUCCUAAUUCAGAAUCUCAUGUAGUUGAAAUUGAAGCAUCAGAAAGUGAUGUUCAUGUUCAUGUUCAUGUUGAUUUGAAUGAGUAUGAGAGUGGAGUUGUUGACGAUGUUCCUACAAAUUCUGAUACAACAGAAUCAGGUUCUGGUUCUGGUUCUGGUUUAGGGUUUAGGACUUCUGAGAUUUGUUCAAUAAGUGAAGAAGAAGAAGAAAUAGUUAAAACAAAACAUGUUAAACAGCCCUCGGCGGUUACAUUCUGCGACCCCGACUCAAAUUGCGUGGUGGAAAUCGAAAGUAACGAGUAUUUUGAUUCUCGCAAUGUAAGUGUACCUGUGAAGCCACAUGCAAUUAGACCAGCAAAAAAAGGGUCUUGUUAUAGGUGUCUUAAAGGGAAUAGUUUAACUGAGAGAGAGGUUUGUAUUGUUUGUAGUGCAAAGUAUUGUAGAUAUUGUGUGAUAAAAGCAAUGGGAGAUAUGCCGGAAGGAAGGAAAUGUGUUGGUUGCAUUGGUUAUGGAAUUGAUGAGAGUAAAAGAAGGAAGCUUGGUAAAUGUUCUAGGAUGAUGAAACAGUUGUGGUCUGAGAAUAUAGAUCAAAUUAUGGAAUAUGAAAGGCUUUGUGAAGCUAAUCAAAUUCCACCCGAGCUUAUUCAAGUUAACUCGCAAAGACUUAAUCGAGAACAACUUAAGUUGUUGCUUCAUUGUGCUCAUCCUCCAAAAGAUCUUAAACCGGGAUCUUAUUGGUAUGAUAAAGCUUCUGGAUUUUGGGGAAAGAAAGGUCAACCACCUUGUGAAAUUAUCAGCCCCCAGUUGGACGUUGGCGGUCGUUUGGAGCAAAAUGCAAGCGACGGAAACACAAACGUGAUGAUAAAUGAUCGUGUGAUUACUAAAAAAGAGAUGUUGAUACUAAAGAUGGCAGGAGUACCAUGUGAAGGAACUCCACACUUUUGGGUUAGUCCUGAUGGAUCGUACCGCGAAGAAGGACAAAAGAACGACAGGGGACGCAUAUGGGAAAAGGUCGGAACAAAGGUUGCUUGUGCUAUUCUUUCACUGCCAGUUCCUUCGAAAUCUGCGUCUCUUAAUGAUGAAGUUGAAACAGCUAAGAAACUCAGCCUUCAUAAGAAAGGACUUCAAAAUAUUUUACUCGUCGGUUGUGUCAACUCUGGAGCAUGCACUAUAUUUAAGCAGGCAAAGCUUUUAUAUAAUGCUCCUUUCUCCGAAAACGAGCUUCAAAAUAUCAAGUUGGUGAUUCAAAGCAACCUGUUUACCUACCUUGGUAUACUCCUGGAGGCGCGCGAGGGUUUCGAAGAAGAGAGUUUGCGAGAAAAUAGGAAAAGAUUGCCUUCUGAUGAGUCCACAUCAUCAGGCGAAAAUGUUGAUACAACAACACCCUAUUCAAUUGGUCAAAGACUGAAAGGUUUCUCCGAUUGGUUACUCAAAUGCAUGCUGUCAGGUAACAUGGAUGCAAUAUUUCCAGCUGCGAUACGCGAAUACGGGCCAAUGGUAGAGGAUUUGUGGAGGAACGAGGCGAUUCAGGCGACAUACAACAGGAGAAACGAACUAAAAACGCUACCUAGAAGCGCUAACUAUUUUCUAGACAGGGCUAUUGAAAUUUCCAAGAUAGAUUACGAACCCUCUGAUAUGGACAUCUUAUAUGCCGAGGGGAUGUCAUUACCCAACAGCCUCACAUCAAUGGAGUUUUCAUUUCCAAAGUCAAGCAGAGAGGAGUCUUUGCAUCCCGAUUAUCAACACGAUUCUUCUCUCAGAUAUCAACUCAUCAGAGUACAUCCUAACAGUCUUGGAGUAAACUGCAAGUGGUUGGAGAUGUUCGAAGACACCGAUGUCGUUUUAUUCUCUGUCUCCUUAACCGACUAUGACGAGUACAUUGUAGACAGCAAAGGAGUUUCUACAAACAAAAUGUUGGUAUCGAAAAACCUAUUUGAAAACAUCAUCGAUCAUCCAACUUUCAAGAAGAAGAAAUUUGUCUUGAUACUCACCAAAUUUGAUCUUCUAGAGGAAAAGAUUGAGCAUGUUCCACUAAAAAAGUGUGAAUGGUUUUCUGACUUCAAUCCAGUUACAAGCCACGGUAAAAGAAAAAGUGGUAAUGGUAACAUUGGAACUAUGCCAUCAUUGGCUCAAAGUGCUUUUCAAUACAUUGCUACAAAGUUUAAGAGAUUGUUCCAUUCUUUCACCGAAAGAAUUCUAUUUGUUUCUUUGGUCACUGGAUUGGAACCUGAUACGAUUGAUGAAGCUCUUAGAUAUGGUAGAGAGGUUAUAGAAUGGGAAAAAUGGGAUCCUUCUGUUGUUAAUGAGAAGUCUGAGGUUACUUCAACAAGUGUUGAUGAGGCAAGUUCUUCAUAAAGUUUUCUCAAGAAAUGUAUUUGUAUAAAGAAUCAUGACAAUUAUGUAGUGUGCAUAGAAGAAAUCAUGAAUUCACAUGGAGGGGUGAAUAGGUGAUACGGGGUUCAUAAAUUUUUCACUAUAGUUUUACUAGGUGGGACCCCAAAUAUUUAAUUUGGAUUAGAGCUUUUUCUUCAUUGUAACAAAAUUUUAAUGUAUAUAAAAGUGUUAUCAUUUUUGUCAUCUUUAACAUGACCAAAUGAAGUCUGGCGGGAAUCUAGUAUAGAGCUUUAGAGUGGGUUUACAUGUACUUUUGAUGUUUCGUUAGAGUGAUUUGGAUUGAUGAUUGAGUCUCUUUAUUUUGGGUUAGUGAUUGUCACAUAAUAGUUGUCCCUGAGGCUUGUUGUGGCACAUAAAUGGGAAGUCUUUGAAAAAACAGGGUAAAUGAUUUGGGAGCCAUUAUAAGUGACUUGAAA